AGAAUUUUUUCUUUCCAAAAGCCCUAGAUUUCUCAAAUCGACCUCGUUACAGCUUGCAACAGUUGUUUCCCCCAGAUUUUUCUUCGUCGAGAGCGGAAACCUGAACGCGGACACUGGAAUUCACCGGAAUACCUCAGCAUGACGGACUACGAACAACGGUAUCAAGACGUCGACAACGACUAUGCCGGAGGUGAUACCUCUCCUCAGCCUCGCGAUAGCAGCUUCGGUGGUCCUGACAUUCAGAGCGAUUCCAAAUCUCAGCAAGGAUCUCGUGAUUAUGAGAGGGAUUCCUCAAGAAGCAGGGAAAAGGAGAAAGGGCGUGAUAAGGAGAGGGAUAGGGGAGAUCGACACAGGGAUAGAGACAGGAACAGUGAGAAAAGCAGAGAUAGAGACCGAGACAAGGAUCGUGACCGCCAUCAUAGAGAUCGUCACCAGGAUAGGAGUAGGGAGCGCAGUGAGAGAAGGGAGCGGGGUAGGGACAGAGAUGAUGAUGAUUAUUAUAGAAGCCGAGAUUUUGGCAGGCGAAGAGAUUAUGAUAGGGAUAGAGAGGAGAGGCAUAGACGACAGUCACGAUCCCAUUCAAUGGGUAGAUCUGAACGCAGAUCAAAGUCACGUUCUCGGUCUCGGUCUCGUUCAAAGAGCAAAAGGAUCAGUGGUUUUGACAUGGCACCUCCUGCUUCAACAAUAUUAGCUGCUGGUGCUGCAGCCACAGCAGCCCAGAUCCCUGGUACCAAUGCAACUAUACCUGGAGUGUAUCCUAACAUGUUUCCUCUAGCCACCAGUCAGUUUGGUGCUCUUCCUGUAAUGCCAGUUCAGGCAAUGACUCAGCAGGCCACUAGACAUGCUCGCCGAGUGUAUGUUGGAGGCCUCCCUCCUACAGCAAAUGAACAGUCUGUUGCAACCUUCUUUAGUGGGGUCAUGGCUCUAAUUGGAGGGAACACUGCUGGUCCAGGUGAUGCUGUUGUUAAUGUGUACAUAAAUCAUGAAAAGAAGUUUGCUUUUGUGGAGAUGAGAUCAGUUGAGGAGGCCAGUAAUGCAAUGGCUUUAGAUGGGAUUAUUUUUGAGGGAGCGCCUGUGAAGGUGAGGAGACCUAGUGACUAUAACCCAUCUCUUGCUGCAGCACUUGGUCCAAGCCAGCCCAAUCCAAAUCUCAACCUUGCUGCUGUUGGUCUAAUUCCAGGUUCUGCAGGUGGAUUGGAGGGUCCAGACCGCAUUUUUGUGGGAGGACUGCCCUAUUACUUCACCGAAGCACAGAUCAGGGAGUUGUUAGAGUCAUUUGGUCCGCUUAGGGGUUUUGAUCUUGUAAAAGACAGGGAAACUGGAAACUCCAAAGGCUAUGCAUUUUGUGUUUAUCAAGAUGUUUCAGUUACUGACAUAGCUUGUACUGCUUUGAAUGGAAUUAAAAUGGGUGAUAAAACUCUGACUGUUAGGCGAGCAAACCAGGGUACUAACCAACCAAAACCUGAACAGGAGAGUGUACUUCAGCAUGCACAACAGCAAAUUGCUUUACAGAAGCUUAUGUUACAAGGCGGAUCUGCCACCAAGGUCAUGUGCUUGACUCAUGCAUUAAGUGUAGAUGAUCUCAAAGAUGAUGAAGAGUAUGAAGACAUCAUGGAGGAUAUGAGACAAGAGGGUGGAAAGCAUGGUAAAAUUCAUGGACAGUCUUUUGACAUCAUUUCACAUUGAGCCAUUGUUUACCCUCCCUAACUUGAGAAUCAUCCUCUUUAUAUUUAUCAAUUUUUUUUUAUUUCCUUGUGUUUAUGUGUCUGUCUUACAGCCUUUUGUAGUCCCACAUUCUGCUAUAAAGAAUCAGGCCUAACAUACAGACAGAAGACUCUAUUACCCUGUCUAUAUAUACCCGAGAUUGUGUUCUCUAACUAAUUUUUUUGUUGAACUCCAAUUUUUUGGAUUCGAAAUUUUCACACAUAAUAUGCAGGUGCAUUGGUGAAUGUUGUCAUCCCACGCCCAAACCCUAAUGGAGAACCUUCACCAGGUGUUGGCAAGGUGUUCUUGGAGUACUCAGACAUUGAAGGUGCCAGAAAAGCCCAAACCGCAAUGAAUGGGAGGAAAUUCGGCGGAAAUCAAGUUGUUGCAGUUUUCUAUCCUGAGAACAAGUUUGCCCAGGGGGAAUACGAAGGCUAAUUACCAUGCCUCGUUCAGUUGGAUCAUAUUAUGAUUUUCUAUUUGGGUCAAUAGAGUUAGAUGGUUUAUAUAGAAUUCUUAUUAACAGCUUGCUCUGGUGUUUGAUAUUUUCAAUUUUUCUUCCAAAAGUAAUGUAAACAAAUUCAGUUGAUGGAAAAACAACUUUUCCGUUAAUCUGUAUUCUGUCUCUAUUUGACUCUAUGAAUUCUAGUGUUCACUGGUGUUGGACUAACACUGUUAACUUCUUCCCUAAAUAGUUUAGGGAAAUAUUUAAAGAAACAUAUGCUCCGUUUGGUUUGUGGUAAAAAUGAUUUUCUGAAAAUUGUAUGAUACUCAAGUAAAUCUUUUAUAAACUGAAUGUUGCUCUGGUUUGGUAGUUUGCAUUUUCUAUGACCCUUUUGUUUGGAUUGAACGAAUAAAGAAGGGAAGGGAGGAAGAUGAUCCUUCAAUAAAAUGAAGGCGAUGAGAUCAGGAGACCUUUUCUUCAUAUGGUUGUGUUGGGGUGGGGGGACUGUUUUUUUCCACCUACUAUUUGGUGUCGUUUUGUUUGAGGGAAGUGAUCCUCUUACUCCAAAUGUAUGAUUAACUCUUAAUUUUUUAGUUAGGGUUUAAAUGAGUUGAGCCCCGUGUGUGUUUGAAUUUAAAUUGAAAACUCCAAUAAAGUUUGAGUCACACU